UCGUAAUACCGAUAAAUGCGUCGAAUCAAAAAUUGGUAACCAGUUGAUCUCGCAUUGCCAGACAUGAACCGCUCCGGCUUACUGAUCUCUCUCGUCCUCCUCCUCUCCUAUGCAGCAACAUGCAGCUGCUGGGAUCCUAACCACAUUUACGUUUACGACUACUCAGGAAGAAUGGAAAUUGGAUCGCCGAAAGCUAGUUCCAUUCAAAUCGAAAGUCAGCUCAGCGUGCGCGUCGUAAAUACAGAUCACCUGAUUUUAAAAUUGACAAAUUCCAACGUCAGUGGCGGGCCAGAGAACGAAAAGUGGUUAGAUUCAUGUUCACGACAUCUGGAGGCAGAAUUUGAAGUUCAACUAAGAAACGUCACUGUGCAAUCAUUAGGUUAUUCUGUGCGCUCACGUGUCAGCCAGUUGGCUAUCGGUUUUCACAAGGGAAUCGCUAGUUUAUUGAGUCUUCGCUAUCCGGAAGCGGAACUGAAAGAUGGAUACAUCCCCAGCAGUCGGACGUUCACGUCGAUGGAAGAGGAGGUAACAGGCCGAUGUGCCAACGUCUACGAAUGGUAUACGUUGGAAGGCGAACAUAGACCAAGCAACGAACAUCUCUGCCCGUCGAUUUCCCCAGGCCGAUAUCAAUUAUUUAAGACGAGAGAUUUCGAUAAUUGCACUCAUUUGCCCAUGUAUAAUCUCAUGUCCCCGGCUGGAUGGAGAUGUCGGCCAGGCACAGCCAUUUGUGAAAACUCUCAAUCACGGUCGCUAAUCGAACGCGUGGACCUUUGUGGAAGUUUGGCCAAGAAGAAGCUGGACAUUCUGCACUUAGAAUCACGAGAAGAUUGGAUUGGCCAGCCAUGGGGAGCCAAACAUCGUCAAUCCACGCCUGGCAGAAUGAGCCUCAUUCAGAGGAUGACGCUGACCACGAAGCGUCAAAGCCAAAGCAAAUCGGAUGAGCCGACUGAUCCGCACCGAGAUGCAAAAAAAAAAACGCAAUCGCUGACUUACGUUUCGAUGCCCGAAUCGGAUUUUGCGCUGCUGAUGGACGACAAGGCGACCAAUGACUUUCUAGGCGAGAUCAAACAGUUGCGCUCAAUCACUUUCCAGCCAGUGGAGCUCGUUAAUCGAAAAGCAUCCAACUUGAGAAUAAGGUUGUCAAAUCGCUUCCAGUCCCUCAGUCCGCUCCAGUUGGUUACGCUGACAAAAGAGGCACGGCGUCAGCUUACACCGCAGCUAUGGUCGUUCUACUUCCAACAAAUGGCUAUGGUGGGGUCUGCCACGACACUGGAUAUUGCCAAGGAGUUGAUCGAGAGACACCAGAUCUCCAACGAAGACAUCAUGAAUAUGAUAUCGGGUUUCAGCAUGUUCCUUCGGGAUCCAUCUGAUCAUGUCCUCGGCCAACUUUUGUCUUUGUUGGACUUGGAGGUGGUGAGACGGGAGCCGGAUCUCCGCCAGACGGCCAUGGUUUCUCUUGCCUCUUUUUUUCGCGUGGCUUGCAUCGAUCGAUUAUCAGCCGAAUCCCGCUUCCCGUUCCAGUAUUUGAACACGAGCGGAAACGAAACGCGAGAUAUUUGGCCUAGACGUCUCGUGAGAAGAAUUGCCGUUGAAAUUAACCGAGGCGAUUCUGGUGACCGCAGCGCCGCUCUAUCGGCGCUUAACAUCCUCGGUCAUCCGUCCCUUAUUCCAGUCGUCGUUCCCCUAAUCGAAGGCAAGGUUGACGCAAAUCCAGCAAUCCGGACAAAGGCUGUACUGGCGCUUCAUAAGCUUGCGCACCACGGCGACGCUACGGCGAUCAAGAUCCUGCAUACAGUCUACGCCAAUCCGUCAGAGAAUUACCAAGUUCGAUUGGCAGCGUUCACUUUGCUGAUGCUCAGCUAUCCUCCUAUUCACGUAUGGCAGGCUGUGGCGGCACGAACUUGGUUCGAACCAAGACAAAGUCACGUAGCUUCAUUCGUCUUUACCACGUUCGAUACACUGGCAACGCUGCGCAGUCCUCAGCGUUUCCUACAGAAAUUAUCAAUGAGAGCCAAACAGGUGCUUCGGUUGACCAAGCCGGUCACCGGAGGACGUUCAGCCAAUUACAUUUGGUCAUACGAGAAGAGGCGUCGUCUCCUGGCCAGUUACCUCAGGUUGGAGACGUUCGCCAACAAGGCGUCCGUUUUCCCCAAGGAGAUCUAUGGUCGACUCAACUUUAACCUGGGCGCCGUCGACUUUGAUUUUCUCGAAUUUGAGAUUCACGGCCAUCACAUGGAGUCGAUCCUCAACCAUAUUCUCGGUGAAGACAAGCUGCGAAACACGUCGAGUUUGCACGACUGCUACAACAGGAUGUCGGCCCCCGUCGAUGCCCUACUGGCUCGUCUCAACGUGAGCCAUCCUUCUGGGAACCUGGGCGAAGGUUUCCUUCAUUGGACAUUAAUGGAGUCGAUUGAAAAGUUUUGGUCUUUUGACGGGGCCGCUAAAAGCAUCCGAGGGUACUUGGAACCACCGACAUCGAGCUGGAAUCCCGAGUGGCUUUACCUGCUACCGUUGGUCAACGUCGACAUCAGAUGGGCCAAUUCAAUGGGCUUUAUCACGCAAUUUCGGGUGACGGGUCAAAUCACUGCCACUCUGAACGGCACUCUACGCUACAGUCGUCAACCGGCGGCAAUAGACAGCCAUCUGAACCCAACUUUGGCCCUUGAAAUCGAUUCGUCUAUCGGCAUACAACCGAGUGGCAGUGACGUGGACGGUAUAACAUCGACGUCCAGCAUUCUUCUUUUGGCCUCUCUGCCGGGCCGUCUGACUGCCGAGUUGACCCAACGUCCCGUCGAGCGGCUCGAUGUCAAAUGGAGCGUCGACGACGAAGAUGAAAAGCAAGAAUUCAUAUUAUUGCAUAAAAGUCAUUGCGUGGAUUCCUGUCCGAAUGAAACGUCUCAGGUGGAGACGUUCGACUGGAAGAAUAUGAUGGCGAACAAAAAUGUCGACUGGCAACAACUCUUGUCGUUGAUCAGUUUCUCCUGGCUGCCGAACGAGGAUAUGGCCAUCGGCUGGAGGCAGUUCUCGUGGCGCAAAUCAAUCCAUCCGACCGUAUUCCAACUUUCCGUCCAACUGGAUAGGGCACAAGAACCACUCGCAUGGAUGAUGAAGUCUGGAACUUCUGAUUUACUAAGAACGUCAAUCUUCGCAGGGAAAAGUCAAACGAUGAUGGGAAGAGAGGAGCGGGAGCGAGCGUCGCACGAGAAUCACAAAGCAGCGCAAGUGACAGCCGGAAAAGAGGCGAGCGUUGCCGCCGACGAUCUGGUCGAUUCCACCGCCAUCGAAAUACCAUACGCAGUGGGAGCAGAGGCAGCAAAGCCGAUUGCCUUAAGUGCAGCUGUUUCUGGAUUCUCCACUUCCUCUUCAGCCUGGCUUGAAUUACCCACGCAAAUUGGACGGCUUUUGCUCAGCAUCAUCAGCGACGAGCCGCACGGACAUAAAGGAGAAGGAAAACAAUGGAAAGGCGAUCACCUGGCUGUCCGAUGGACGUGGAUCUGGAAAGACGACGUUGCCAACGUGACGGGUUUUCACGAUUUUCCGUUGGAAGCCGAUCGGACCCAUUACGUUGGAGAGUGCCGCGUCGGAAACAACCAGAUCACCACCUUCGACGGAGUUGUUUACGACCCUCGUUUUGUUGAUGAUUGUCAAUACAUGGUCGUGGCAGCCACCGGCCCCCAGGAUAAAUUAGUCAUCUUGCUCGAUCGCGGGUCCAACGCAUUAAAUCAGGUUCUCCGACUGAUUGUGUCCGACGACGUCGUCCACAUCGAUUUGCCUAACAAAAGAUUAAUCGUCAACGGCGUGACGAUUCCUUUUCCGCAACUCGCCGAUGCCGACAGGCAUGUCAAGGAUCUCGGCGGCUUCUCGCUGGAAAGCCCUUGCAACGGACCGUUGCUGUUCGCCCGAGUUAAAGGCAACGGCUCGCUCGAAAUUGAACUUCCCUUAAGUGGAUUAAUGCUGCGCAUCCACUCUGAAGAUGCAAUCGUCAUCAAAGCGAGAGAAAGUUUAGGAGGCCAAGUGCAAGGACUGUGCGGCGAUAUGAACGGCGAGCGUUUAUUUGAAUUCCGCGGCCCCCGUCGGUGUGUUCUCUCGUCUGGGAGCCUUAUGGCAGCUCAAUACCAAACUUCGGACCGUCCGCACUGCUUCGUUGUCGCCUCCCACGAUCCGCAAAAGCAUCCAGCGCUUCAAUCACCAAAUGGACGAAUUCCACUUCAUAAUUUAAAUGACUGUCCUCGGCAAGAGGGUGCGCCAACUGUCAUCAAAAUGCCCGUCGGUGUUCACAGUCAAAUUGAUGACUUGUAAUACAAAUGUAUUCAUCAU